CCUCAAUGGAGCAGACCGCCACCACCGACUUCUACACCUGGGAUGAUGGGUACUUGUGGGAGGAUGGCAUGCUGCCCGAGCUCUGUGAGAAACAGGCAGUGCAGGACUUUGCCCGCACCUACCAGCCCGCCGUCUACCUGCUGCUCUCACUGCUGGGCAUGGUGGGGAACGGGCUGGUGCUGCUCACACACACCCGCUACCGCCAGGCACACAGCAUCACCGAUGUCUGCCUCCUGCACCUUGCCCUGUCCGACCUCCUGCUGCUCCUGAUACUGCCCUUCACCAUCACUGACACACUGCAGGGCUGGUCCCCAAGCACAGCUGCCUGCAAGGCGCUGCAGGGCCUCUACGCCCUCAACUUCUAUAGUGGCUUCCUCUUCCUCACCUGCAUCAGUGUGGACCGCUAUGUGGCCAUCGUGCAGGUGCCAGCUGCCUGCCGCCUGCGCCCGCGGGCUCGCCGCCAUGGCUGGCUGACGGUGGGGAUGGCCUGGCUACUGGCCGCGAUCCUGGCGCUGCCCCAAUUCAUCUACAGCCAAAUGGAGCAGCACCAGGACCUCUGGGUCUGCCAUGUUGUCUUCCCCCACACAGUCUCCCGGACAGCCCGGGCAGCCACCAACCUGGUGCAGGUCGUGCUGGGUUUCGCUGUGCCCUUUGUGGUCAUGGCAAGCUGCUAUGCAGCCGUGGCACGGACACUGCUGGAGGCCCGUGGCGCCCAGCCCCUCCGGGCACUGCGGGUGCUGCUGGCCCUCGUGGUGGUGUUUGUGGCCCUGCAGCUGCCCCACAGCCUGAUGGUGCUGCUGGAUGCGGCUGAGCUGCUGGCCAGCUGGGAAGCGAGCUGUGCCCAAAGCCGCCGCAAGGACCUGGCGCUGCUGGUCACCAGUGGGCUGGCGUACCUGCGCUGCUGCCUCAACCCCCUGCUCUAUGCCUUCCUGGGCCAGCGCUUCCGCCGGGAGCUAUGGCAGCUGGCCAGUGAUGCCGGAUGCGUGGGGCCCCUCGAGCCACGCUGCCCCAGCUGCCCCAGUCCCCGCCGGCGGACAUCGCUCUCCACCUGCCAGGACCUGGUGUAG